GUAGCGUCACACAGGUUUACAUCAAUCGAUUCAAUGGCACAUGAGGAUACGCAACAGCUGAGUACAUUCAGGGAGAAUCCAGAACUCGAAGAGGAUCCUGCAAUCAGCUUUUCACACAAAGCUGGUAAACACUGCUAUUCAGAGCACAAAAAGAAAAAGGUCCAAAUCUGUCCCAGCCUCCUAAUGGGACCACUGCCUGGUCUCCUAUGGUUUUUGAAAAAGGGACACAGCAUCAACCAACUUUCAGAGGACAGAAAAUUUUCCAUCAAGAGAGCGCACAGGCACCGCAUGGAAAGCAAAAUCAGCCGUACUCAACAGAAUAGCGCAAGCAGAUUCCAAGCUGUGGGUGCUGCAAAAUGCAACUACAGAUGCCACACGAUACGCCCAGUCAUCUCAUGAAGCGCUGCAUACAAAUCAACAAAACCCAGAAAGUCUCAUGAUCAUCCAGUACAAUGUACAAAGCAAUACAAUGGAUCUGCCUGAACAAGAAGCCCCUGCAGUCCUUAUCCUGCAUUGCAAAAGAACAAACUGAAGAGUAUUCCUUUGUUCGAAGUUGCCAUUUUGCAAAUUGGCUUUCUGUUCUUAACGUCCAAACUGUUUCCAUGUUCUGAAAGCAGCAGUGCAGCAUGCGGCUGAACAACUUCCGAGAUCGAUCAUUGCUGAUCAGCUGGCACAUGUGAUGCAGUCACCCUCCAUAAGCGCUGUCAUCCUCUGCAGUUAAGGGAUCAGAUACUCUACGUGGCUGCAUGGGGCAGG